AUGCGAGCCGACAUCGAUGCCAUGAACGAGUGGGUGGACGGCAAGAUGCACAAAUGGGCGCUGGACCGCGUCAAGGGGCAUCUGCAUCUCGGACAGCUCGGUCACCAGCCGUAUUUGCUCACACCACCGAGGUGGACGUUCGGUUGUACACUGACCACUGCUCGCUUCGAUCUGGCAUACUACCUGGCUUCAGAUCCGGUAUCUCAAGGCAGCCGGGAGAGAACUUAA